AUGUCGAACCAGGGCCAACAGGUCGACGUCACAUCGCUGGACCUGCCACAGCUCGUCGAGGUCAAGAAGCAGCUCGAGUCCGAGAUCCAGCAUCUCACCUCUUCGUUCGGACAGCUCAAGGGCGCACAGGCAAAGUUCAAGAGCUGCAUCGAGUGCGUCGACUCCAUCAAGCCAGAAAACGCAGACAAGACGACGCUGGUGCCCCUCACUUCGUCCCUCUACGUCCCCGGCAAGCUCGCCGAUCUCGAAAACGUCAUCGUCGACGUCGGGACAGGCUACUUUGUCGAAAAGUCCACGGCCGAUGCGAAGAAAAUGUACGCCCAAAAGAUCGAAUUCGUCACAAAGAACCUCGAGCAGCUACAAGAGACCAUCAUGCGCAAGCAGGACAACCUGCAGACCGUCACAGAAAUCAUGAGGGCGAAGCUCAUCCAGCAGCAGCAGCAACAAAGAGGGGCAGGGCAGGGCGCCGCGGCGGUGUCGGCGUAG